GUCAUUUUGGCUUCUCCCCUGUGUUCAUCUGGGCAGAAGUUCCGGAGCGCUGGGUCUGCACGGAGGUGGCUUGCGGGAGAAGGACUCAGAGGAGUCGUUGACCACACAGAGCCAGGUCUGAGGCUCGGCGACGCCGCUCGGGGUGCCCUGCACCAGGGCCGGUCUGAGAAACCCCUGCCCGCUCCCGGCCCCGCUCCGCCCACAGGGCCGGAUGGCGGCAGCCACGCUGAGGGACUCGGCUCAGAUACAAGCAGUGGAUUCAGUACCCUCUCAGCAGUAGACUCUUUCUGUGAAGCCAGAGCCAUAUACACCAUCCUGAUCCUGAAGCCUGCAGAGCGGUAACAACUGCAUUGCCCAGAGGACCCCGUGCCAAGUGACGCCAUCGUGGAGCCAAUGAAGGUCCAGGAGACGGGCGUUUCUGUGUGUGCCAUCACAUCAGAGUGGGACUUCCAGGGUCCUCGUGGCAGUUGUUUUGUCAGCUCUGGGGUCCAUUUCCUGUUUGGAGGUUCCAGAGCACAGGGUCAGGACGAGGCAAGGACUGGUGCCACUGGAGAGGAGGCAUCCCUGCAGCACUGGGCUGCUCCUGGCCCCGCUCCACCCACCAAGUCUGAUGGCGGCGGCCGAGCCCAGGGAUCCAGCUCAGGGUAGUGUGACCUUUGAAGAUGUGGUUGUAUACUUUUCCUGGGAAGAGUGGGGUCUCCUUGAUGAGACUCAGAGAUGCCUAUACCAUGAUGUGAUGCUGGAGAACUUUGCACUUGUGAUCUCACUGGGUUGUUGGUAUGGAAUGGAGGAUGAGGCGGCACUUUCUGUGCAACGAAUGUCACUGGGCAAGACUCCAAGUCCAGAUCCAUCCAUUUGGAAAGCUCAGUCCUGUGAGAAGUGUGUCUUGCCUGGGAGAGACAUUUUGUACCUGGCUGAGGACCAAGAAUCACAUCAUGGGCAGAAAUCGUACACCUGUGAGGCAUGUGGGAAACAGUUGUGGUUCAGUGCGAAUCUUCGCCAGCACCAGAAGCACAAUGAAGAGAAGCCAUUCAGAUGGGACAUGGAGUUUGUGACAAGCUACAAAUUGCAUGUGUCAGGGAAGCCUUUCCCCUGUGGGGAAAUUGGGAAGGACUUCCUGGCCAUAUUGAGUCUUCUCCAGCAUCAGGCCACCCUCAAAGGGGCCAAACCACACAGCAGCUUUGAACAUGGGGAGUCCUUUCAUGGUAGGAAAAGUCCUCACACAUGCAGUGACACUGGGAAAUCAUUCAGCUAUGAACAUAAACAUUUCCAGCCUCAGCAACUUCACACUAGAGAAAGUUAUCAUGACUGGGAUGACUGUGAGAAACCUUUUAACCAAAGCUCCAUCCUUAGUAAUUGUCAGAGAGCUUACCCAGGAACAAGGUCUUAUGAGUGUAACGAAUGUGGGAAAUCCUUUAGCCAAAGCUACAACCUCAUUCAACACCACAAAAUUCACACUGGUGCAAGGCCUUAUAAAUGCAGCGAAUGUGGAAAAGCCUUCAGCUUCAAAUUCAGACUUGUCCAGCACCUGCAGAUUCACACUAGAGUGAGGCCUUAUGCAUGUGGCGAAUGUGGGAAAGCCUUUAGCUACAGCUCUACUCUCAUUAAACACCAGAGGGUUCACACAAGAGAAAAGCCUUACAAGUGUGGUGAGUGUGGGAAUUCCUUCAGCCAAAGCUCCAACCUCAUUCAACACCAGAAAAUUCACAGUGGAGCAAGGCCUUAUAAAUGCAAUGAAUGUGCAAAAUCCUUCAGCUACAAAUGCAAACUGGUUCAGCACCUGCGCAUUCACACCGGAGAAAGGCCUUAUGAGUGUGGGGAGUGUGGGAAAUCCUUUAGCCACAGGUCCACUCUCAAUCAACACCAGAGAAUUCACACUGGAGCCAGACCUUAUAAGUGCAAUGAGUGUGAGAAAUCCUUUAGCCAAAAGUCCAACCUUAUCCAGCACCGGAGAGUCCACACAGGAGAAAAGCCUUACGAGUGUGGGGAAUGUGGGAAAUCCUUCAGCCAAAGCUCCCACAUCAUUCAACACCGAAAACUUCAUACCAGAUAACCUUGUGAAUGCAAUGAGUGUGGCAAAAUGUUCAUAACCCAGGUCUGUGUUACAUAUGUGCAGCACGUAUAGGUGGAAAACCUUCAUCUAAAGGUCUAACCUGGUUGGGUACCAGAAGGCCCUGCACAGAAUGUGGUAUAUUUCAUAGAGCAAGACUUACUGUGAGGGAGCCAUCUCCUGGAAAUUGAACAUCACAUCUAUGAACAUCCAACACUGGGGCAGAUUCCCCAAGACUUGUAGGUUUAAUGGGCAAGCUUUCUGGAGCCCUGCAUAGCCCUCUGCUCUGCCAGGUUCCUCAGUGGGUGUAGUAGUCAAGGGAGGUGUUCUCUCUUGACCAUCAUGAAUGAUUGGGGAUGGGGGUUACACAGCAAUUUCUUUCUUCCUCAUUAGGGUUUUGACCCAGUUUUGACAAAGCUAAGGGGUUGAUAAUACUUUUUACCUUCCAGGCCUAGAGUGCCAUGAGAAUAGUAUAUUUCUCUUAAGACCACCUUUAGAGUUCCUAGGGGAGUGGUUCUUUUUCUCCAGGGCUGUCAAAUGUUGAGCACUAUUGUGGGGGAGCUAUUCCCCAAAUACUGCAAAGAAAUCAUGUGCCUUCGUGUGUAGGUUCACUUUUCUGGUGUUAUUGUUUGUAAGACUACUUAUAGGGGCCAGGUGAUGUGUACAGAAAUAGGACUGCAGGAAGUGAUGUAUUUGUCUACUGAAACUUGCAUCCCCAGGUGUUCCAGUGACCAUGCCUGUGGUUCAGUUUAUACACUCCACGUGCAUGUUCUUUUCUGUAGCUGAGGAACUUGAGGCCAUUGUCAAUCUUAUUUUUCUAGUCUGUCUCAAGGAUAUUACUGCACGGGAUAAUAGGAUAGAGAUAAAAAUCCUGUUGGUGGGACCCUGCAGCUUUUUGAUCAGCUGCAGACCCAAAUAGAAAUUAUCUUGAAAUUUUCAGUGAUGCAGGGCAUUGGACUCCUUGUGCAAAAAUUAAAUAAAAUAAAAUAAAUUGGGGGACCCAAGACCUCUAUUUGAUUUUUAAGUAAAGCUUUAUUGAGGUUAAUUAAUAUGCUGUAAAACUGCACAUAUUUAAAGUUGUAUACAAAACUGUGGAUGGUAAAUCUAUAUAAACUCCUUUUCCUUGUGCCCUUUAAAAAACUUCUCCCCCACAGUAAAUUAUUUUGUAUUUUUUA